GCCCGCCUGGCCCGGGGCUGGGCCCGCCCUCAGGGUCGUGUGACGUUCUCCGGAAGGGAGAAGUGGCCCAGCAGCAGUCCAGUGGUUGCUUGAGUGGCAGAAAGCGUCUGGGCGUUCUUUUCCUGCGGGAGUUCGGCUCUGGAUGGGUCACCGCGCGGGGUUACAGUACUCUCAUUCCUUGCUACAGGGCCCAGACAAAAUAAUAGCAUUUUCUAUGAAAUUCGCACAUAUGAUAUUAAGCCAUCAAAGAUGAAGGAAUUUGUGGAAAUGGUCAACAAGUACUUUCACCUUCGCACAGCUCACUCAGAGCUGGUGGGAUUCUGGUCUGCGGAGCUGGGAGCGAUGAAUAAGGUGGUCCACAUUUGGAAGUACGAUAAUUUUGCCCACAGAACAGCAGUCCGGCAUGCACUAGCCAAUGACAAAGAAUGGCAGGGAAAAUUCAUCUCCCCAGCUCUCCCCUUGAUAGAAAAGCAGCACAAUGAGGUUGCUUAUCUGGUACCUUGGUGUCAACUUGGGAAGCCUCCAAAAGAGGGGGGAGUGUAUGAAUGGGUUACUUUCCAGAUGAAGCCUGGUGGGCCAGCAUUGUGGGGUGAAGCAUUUCAAGCUGCAAUCAGUGCUCACAUCAACAGAGGAUACACAAAACUGAUUGGUGUUUUCCACACAGAGUAUGGAUUACUUAACACAGUCCACGUGAUCUGGUGGAACGAGAGCCCAGAUCACCGAGCAGCGGGAAGGCACAGUGCCCAUGAAGAUGCCAGAGUGGUAGCAGCUGUGCGGGACAGUGUCAGAUUCUUAGCAUCCCAGCAAAAUGUGCUCCUGAUACCUCUACAAUGCUCGCCAUUGAAGUAACCUUAUUCUAAAGGAUGUAAUUGAUGACAAAAAAGGACAAAAUGGAAUUGCUGUCAGCAAGUGCCAUCACAUGGAUUGUAAUACCUUCAUGAACUAAGCUGUUCUUCAGUUUGCAAUACAUGGAUGCAAAAUGCUGAUCACUAGCAAUGUAAAUCAAUAAAGUUUUGCAGCCUGAUAGCAGUUGCUAAAUAGAAAUUUAUGGUGAUGUUUGUAUAUCCCCAGGAAAAAGAAAUUGUGCCAUAGCACUUCUGGCAUGAGCCACACUUCAUUUAUCUUUUAUUUUAACCUCUCCAUUAAUACUUUUCUAGAUCACUUAUCAAACUUAGUAAAUUAAAUGCUCUUUUCCAACAUUACAGCUCAGGGCUGGUAUCAUUUUCAUAAUGUAUUUUGGUGACAUUUGUAACUCACAUCUUGGCUAUUGCGUACUGGCUUAAGAAGGAAUGCCCUCAUGUAUCUGUUACCUAGUUAUGCUUUAAUCAGACUUCUAAUUGGAAUUCUUUCUAUUAAUUCUGAGUAACGUAAAACAGCAAUGUGGCUAGAAUUGUACCUAGGAGGUGCUGCAGUGAAGCUGGUCGGGUGCUUUGUCCCAAUGAGCUCUGCCACAAGAUGAGCAUUUAUUCACUAGCUUGUUAGAGUUCACUUCAGCCCUUUCCUAUUUUGUUCAGUAAACCGUUCCUCAAGACUUUGGAUUACACACAUAAUGCUUUGCCUUAUGUAUUUUAAUACUUGUUUAAGGUCUGAAGUCAAUUAGCCCUUCUUCUUCUAUGGUGUAGUCAUGCUCAGCUGAUCUUUAUGUGCUUAUAUUCUUUGAAAUACUUUUUGCCAGACUGUUAAAAGCCAAAUAAAUUUGUAUAAAGCAUGA